AUGGCCCUUGCGCAGAACCACAUCCACUUUUUGGGUGUUCCUGGGAUUCCAGCUGGUGAAGCCAAGAUCUUUGUCAUACAACGUGUGUUGCGUCGCUGCCCUACUACCUUUCUUUUUCGUCGUCGAACACCUCUGAUAAAAAAACAAACAGAUGCGUUCAUGCAACCGGAUCCUCAAAUGUACACCGGAUCUAGGUUCCCAACGAUGCAUGACCGUACGGCGAGCUUCUUCAAAGAGACAGACGUACAAACGAAAUUCGCAUUCAUCCCAGACGACGGCUCGGCUACCUACAUCAUCGACGUCCACACCAACACAACACAAACCUUCACGGGCCCAACGAUCAAAGACUCCUCAGCGACAUACGCUGCAUCCACAUCCGCGCUCGUUCAGCUCUCCUCCUCGGGCGUGAUCAGCUGGAUGGGGUACGACGCGGCCUCGAUACGGCAUGGGCGACGGUGA